GUCUGUUUCCGUGGUGUUGACGGAGCUGCUGAUGUCGGAUACCGGAAGAGCUCGGGAAGUAGUAGCAACACGCUUGCAGAGAAAAGAACCCCUGCAAUUAAUGCUUUGGAAAUAAUAGGCUAUUUUUAAAUUCCUAUUGUGUCUCGAUUUCACGCCAAGGAUGUCAUUUCAAUUUAAUUUCACUAUAGGUGAGACUGAAAGCAGAUCUGCUGAAUGUGAAUUGCAUGAGGACUCUCCAAACCUCAUAAACAAAGAAGAAAAUUCUGAGGCCAAUAAAUUACCAUUAGGAGAUGAGGUGCAGACAGGGACAACAGACAAUGUCAAAGAAACAGAACUGAUGACAUCAUCUUGUAAAACCAAUACAUUUAACAGUGGCAACAGAAGUCAUGAUUGUCUAGCAGAAGAAAAAGCACUUGCCACAGAGCACAAACCUCCAGAAGAUGUCAGCAAAGCACUUGAAAAUAAAAUAGUUGAAAGUAUUUCAGGGCUGCAUUUUGUAAAUGUAUCUGUUGUUGAAAUGACUUUGUCAGAAGGAGAUUCUUAUAGUGAGAACAUAGUGAACAGAACUGUAACAUCUAAGUCUGACCUCAUUUCUGGCGUUUAUGAAGGUGGCAUGAAAAUCUGGGAAUGUACAUUUGACCUAAUAAAAUAUCUGGAAGACCAUGACAUAGAUCUUGAAGGAAAAAGUGUUCUGGAUCUUGGCUGUGGAGCCGGUUUACUUGGAAUACUAGCUCUUAAACGAAAAGCCAAAGAAGUGCAUUUUCAAGACUACAACAGCACUGUGAUUGGAGAGAUAACAUUGCCUAAUGCACUGGCAAACUGUGACAUUGAUGAAUUCAGUGAGUGUUCUGAAGAAGAGCAUAGUCUAAAAAGACAAAGAAAGUCAAAAUCAAAGGCUGGGCUCCUAUCCAAAUGCCGCUUCUUUUCAGGGGAAUGGUCACAGUUUAUGCGGUUAAUGCAAAAUGAAGUGCCUCCUAAGAAAUAUGAUAUUAUUCUUACAUCAGAGACCAUAUAUAAUCCUGAUUACUACAAUGCACUGCAUGAUGUGUUUCAAAAUUUAUUAGCAAAAAACGGCACUGUGUACCUGGCUACCAAGUCACAUUAUUUUGGCGUGGGAGGGGGUGUUCAUGUUUUCGAGACGUUUGUUAAAAAGAAAGAAGUGUUUUGCAUUAAAACACUGAAGGUCUAUGAUGAUGGACUACAAAGACAGCUUCUUAGCCUCUUUCAUGAAAAUAAAGUCUGUUAACAUAUUUUGUAUUUUUAUUAUAAAAUACAGAAUAUCUAUUUUGAAAAUGUAGGAGGCAAAAUGACAUGAGUUAAUCAGAUGUAUGUCUUGAGUGACAUGUUCUGCUUAAAUAAUAAAAUCAUUAAAAUCCAA